AUGUUGAUUUAUGAGAGUCGGCUGACAUGGACCCACCGGUCCUCCUCCCCCCUGGGGAGCUCGCUGGCCAGCACCGCACAGGGCCCACCGGUCCUCCUCCCCCCUGGGGAGCUCGCUGGCCAGCACCGCACAGGACCCACCGGUCCUCCUCCCCCCUGGGGAGAUCGCUGGCCAGCACCGCACAGGACCCACCGGUCCUCCUCCCCCCUGGGGAGCUCGCUGGCCAGCACCGCACAGGACCCAACGGUCCUCCUCCCCCCUGGGGAGCUCGCUGGCCAGCACCGCACAGGACCCACCGGUCCUCCUCCCCCCUGGGGAGCUCGCUGGCCAGCACCGCACAGGACCCAACGGUCCUCCUCCCCCCUGGGGAGCUCGCUGGCCAGCACCGCACAGGACCCACCGGUCCUCCUCCCCACUGGGGAGCUCGCUGGCCAGCACCGCAUAGGACCCACCGGUCCUCCUCCCCCCUGGGGAGCUCGCUGGCCAGCACCGCACAGGACCCACCGGUCCUCCUCCCCCCUGGGGAGCUCGCUGGCCAGCACCGCACAGGACCCACCGGUCCUCCUCCCCCCUGGGGAGCUUGCUGGCCAGCACCGCACAGGACCCACCGGUCCUGCUCCCCCCUGGGGAGCUCGCUGGCCAGCACCGCACAGGACCCACCGGUCCUCCUCCCCCCUGGGGAGCUCGCUGGCCAGCACCGCACAGGACCCACCGGUCCUCCUCCCCCCUGGGGAGCUCGCUGGCCAGCACCGCACAGGACCCACCGGUCCUCCUCCCCCCUGGGGAGCUCGCUGGCCAGCACCGCACAGGACCCACCGGUCCUCCUCCCCCCUGGGGAGCUCGCUGGCCAGCACCGCACAGGACCCACCGGUCCUGCUCCCCCCUGGGGAGCUCGCUGGCCAGCACCGCACAGGACCCACCGGUCCUCCUCCCCCCUAG